AUGGACUUUCCUUCUCCAACCUUUGAAGUUGUCCACCAUUUUAACCUUCUCCAUCUUCUCUUCCAGCCUGUGGUCUACUACUUGGUCAAGUGGUGCUCCUUACCCUACGAGGACAGCACUUGGGAACUCAAAGAAGACGUCGACGAAGGGAAGAUCACGGAAUUUAAACGUAUCCAAGCUCGUCAUCCAGACCUCAAACGUUUGCCACGUCCACAAGCUGGUUCAUGGAAGAAGUUGGAGUUGUCCCACGAGUAUAAGAACCACAAUCAACUGCGUGAAUAUCAACUAGAAGGUGUCAACUGGUUACUCUUCAACUGGUACAACAGACAAAACUGUAUCUUGGCCGAUGAGAUGGGAUUAGGAAAGACCAUCCAAUCCAUCGCUUUUUUAGAAGAAGUCUACAACGUUGGAAUUCGUGGACCAUUCUUGGUCAUCGCUCCGUUGUCCACCAUCACUAAUUGGGAACGAGAGUUUAACACGUGGACCGAGAUGAACACCAUCGUCUACCACGGAAGUUUGGCUUCCAGACAGAUGAUCCAACAAUAUGAGAUGUACUGCAAAGACACCAAGGGUCGUCUCAUCCCUGGUGCCUACAAGUUUGAUGGUCUCAUCACCACUUUUGAGAUGAUCCUUUCGGAUUGUCCCGAGUUACGGGAGAUCGAGUGGAGAUGCGUCAUCAUCGAUGAAGCUCAUCGCUUGAAGAACCGCAACUGUAAAUUGUUGGAUAGUCUCAAACAUAUGGAUUUGGAACACAAAGUCCUCUUGACGGGUACUCCGCUCCAGAACACGGUGGAAGAACUCUUCAGUCUUCUCCACUUCUUGGAACCUUCUCAGUUUCCUUCUGAAGCCGAGUUCCUCAAGGACUUUGGAGAUCUAAAGACUGAGGAACAGGUCCAGAAGCUCCAGGCCAUCCUCAAACCCAUGAUGUUACGUCGGUUGAAAGAAGACGUGGAGAAGAACUUGGCUCCAAAACAAGAGACCAUCAUCGAGGUGGAACUGACCAACAUCCAGAAGAAGUAUUAUCGCGCCAUCUUGGAGAAGAACUUCUCCUUCCUCUCCAAAGGGGUGGGUCACACCAACAUGCCCAACCUUCUCAACACCAUGAUGGAGCUUCGGAAGUGUUGUAACCACCCUUAUCUCAUCAACGGUGAGGAACCAAACGAUUUCCAUCUCCAAGCCAUGGUCCGUUCGGCCGGGAAGUUGGUCCUCAUCGAUAAACUUCUGCCCAAGUUGAAAGCUGGUGGCCACAAAGUCCUCAUCUUCUCCCAGAUGGUUCGAUGUCUCGAUAUCUUGGAGGACUACCUUAUCCAGAAAAGGUACCUGUACGAGCGGAUCGACGGGCGUGUCCGCGGGAACCUCCGCCAGGCGGCCAUCGACCGCUUCAGCAAGGCCGACUCCGACCGCUUCGUCUUUCUCCUGUGCACCCGCGCCGGUGGCCUGGGCAUCAACCUGACGGCUGCAGACACCUGCAUCAUCUUCGACUCCGACUGGAACCCCCAGAACGAUCUCCAG